AUGGGUCCGUUCGGGAAAUGUACACUUGUACAUCUCAGCUCCAGCAUCGCUCGAAGCACGUACCUACGCGUGCUGAAGGGCUUCCCCGAGUGCUUGCAAGCGGACAUCUGCCUCCACUUGAACCGGAGUCUGCUCCAGAACUGCAAGGCCUUCAGGGGAGCGAGUCAGGGCUGCCUCCGAGCCCUGGCCAUGAAGUUCAAGACCACCCACGCUCCCCCCGGCGACACCCUGGUCCACUAUGGGGACGUCCUCUCGGCCCUGUACUUCAUCUCCCGCGGCUCCAUCGAGAUUCUCCGCAGCGACGUGGUGGUAGCCAUCCUAGGAAAGAACGACACCUUCGGGGAGCCCAUCGGCCUGUUCGCCCGGUCGGGCAAGUCCAACUCCGACGUGAGAGCUCUGACGUACUGCGACCUCCACAAAAUCCUGCGCGAGGACCUGCUCGAGGUGCUGGACAUGUACCCCGACUUCUCCGACAACUUCUGGACAAACCUGGAGAUCACCUUCAAUCUGCGAGACGCAGACCGAAUUCCCCGAUCUCCCCCGAGUGAGGAGUCCGACUGCGGCUACAAGCGAGUGAGACGGAGAAAGCUGUCGUUCAGGAAGCGGCAAGGACCAGGGGCGGCCUGCGGAGGGGCCGCAGAGGGCGACCGAGCCUUUCUGCUCGACCAUCACGGCUGCCAGGGUGGGGGAGAUCAGUGGGAGUACGUGUGCAGCAGUAUGACUCCCUGCUCCCAGUCCAGCGAGGAAACCAAAGCCUCCAGCCUCCCCGAGGCCACCGGAGACUUCCCCUCCACCACGGUCAACUUCCUGGGCUCCGACCUCAGCCACAGCCGCCCUGAGCCGGGCAGGAAAGUCAUCAGUUCCAACCCCUUCACAGCUGCUUUCACGAGCGUCUCCAACAUGUUCAGCUUCUGGGGCGACAGCAAGUCCAACCGGGGCUCGGAAACACAGAGACGCUCGCUGUCUGCUCACGCCAACCUGGGCACCGCAGCCAGCAUAGAGGACAGGGCGCGGACUGAGGUGGAAUCCCGAUUGGAACUGCUCCACGCGCAGCUUAACAGGCUGGAGAGCCGGGUGACGGCAGAUAUCGGUGUGAUCCUCCAGCUGUUACAGAGGCAGGCGGUGGCUGUGCCUCCAGCCUACAGCUCCGUGUCGCCCCCGCCUCAGCCGGAGGACAUCUACGGUCCGGUUUCGGCACCACCGAAGGCCUCGGCUCACGUCGCCGCUCCUCUCGAAGCCAACACUACCUCGCUCCCCCUGGAGGUGACCAUCGAGAGGCCGUGCUACACCGACUCGGAGAAAUUCCGGAUGAGAUCCGGGGAAUCGCUGCGCGGAGGGACGCUCCGGCCCGCGUCGGAGACUUCCCGCCCGGGGUCGGACCCGGACCAGCCUGCAGGCAGGCCGCCCCCUCCCUCGCCGGCCUCGUUCAGGGCCUCUCGCUUCCCCUCGCUGCCGGAGAGCGGGGAAAGUUCCAGAGGGAGCGCGGACGUUCAGAGACACGCUUCGGACCCGGUGCUCUCGAGCAGCUAGGAUCGGAUCGGAUCGGUUCGGAUCGGUUCGGGUUGGGAAACGGCAGAAAAAUCAUC